AUGGCGGAGGGCGGCUUCGCCUACUUCAGGUCCUCGGACGUGACGCUGCAGGUGAAGUUGCUCGUCCAGCAGCUUCACGGCUCGGUCCCUGCAAUGUGUGCCUCGCAUCCGCCGCUCAGCUAUGCUGCGUGGCUGGCGGGCGCGUGCGGAGUCGCGCCGCACGACCUGCACAUCUCAGCUCAGCUCCUAGUCCACGGGAUGCCUCUCGGCCAGCCGGAGCGUACCUACUCGGCCGCUGGCUCCAAGCUCCGCUGGAACGAGUGGCUCUCCUUCACCGCCAAAUAUUGCGACCUCUCCGCCGACGCGGCGCUGCGGAUCUCGGUCUACGGCACCGCGGGCCCGCGCGAGCCG